AUGCCAAAGCUUCUCGCCAUCUCCAUCUUGCCGUUUAUUUUGGGUCGUAGCCAAGCACUGAACCUUCAACACGCUUGCCGUGCCUUAUUUUGCAGAGCGGCGAGGGAGGAGAAGGAAGAGGAGCGGGGGAUGGCGGGCUGCGGUGAAGCCAAGACAUCAUCGGUUUCCAUGGAUGAAGAGGCGUGCGGCAUGGAGAAGAAGUUUGGCGGGAUGGCGCCCAAGAAGCCGCUCAUAUCAAAGGACCAUGAGCGUGCCUACUUCGACUCCGCGGAUUGGGUCCUUGGCAAGCAAGCUGCAAACAGCAGCUCAACGGCUGCGGUGGAAUCGCUCAAGCCCAAGCUCAAGAGAACUCCUCAUCCCCAGCUUCCCCCUCGCAAGCCCACCUGUGCGUCUGGCUGA